GCAAUCGGUGGACUUAGCAGCGCGCUGCUACUCUUCUGGAGUCCAAACAUAGUCUGCGUUUAUCCGAACUCUUUCUAACGCGGAUGUGCUAGCCUAGGAGAGAGAGAGAGAGAGAGAGAGAGAGAGACGGACGAAGAACACACAACUGACCGAAAGAAAAAGAAAUACAUUGAAAACACGGAAUCUUUGUGCAUUAGAACCACGACUGGACGGUCUCGCUCUGCCGUAAUAAUUGCCAUUUUCUUCUUUUAAGAGGGAGGCAAAUUGGAUUGUUAACAGACAGCCUUUUCUAUUUUUUAAAAGAAUCCUCCACGAAUACAUUAUAGCUCGGUACAUUAUAUGUCAUUUGCGUGAUGAAAAAUUAACUUCAGCCGCGCAGGAGUGUCUACCAUUCCAGCAGAAGGGGAAAAACAGCUUCAAAACUGCUAAUUGUGUUUUUUCUACUUUGCUGAGGAGGUUUUCGUCUCUCUGCAAUGUCAUUAUUGCUUCAGUUAAAAACGGAGAUAGAGUAAAUAGACGCGAAUUGUUUAUAAAUCUCUGUAGGACAGCAGAGCGCUUAUCUGUUCACAAAUGCUGGAGAAAACACAAAGACAUUUUUUCACGGAUAUUUCGCUCUCCCAAAGGAAGUUCCUGCUUUACUGAGAUUUGAUUGUGGGUUUAUUUUUCCUGCGGCUGUCCGUUUCCAAUACUAUAUAGCAACCGGCUUAGUGCAAGCGUUUACCCUUCGUGCAUUCUGACUGACCGAACGAGCACGAGACGGGAUUCCUCAUUUAUAAACACAGAAAAAAAACAGCAGGAGCUUGGAUUAAAAAAAACAGACAAUUACAUACACUAAUUUCAAGACAAAACUGGAGGACAUUCUGUAUUUGUCUUCAGUGGAUGUCAUGUAUGGCAUAGCCUGAAGUCUACGUGCAUCAUCGACAGUGAGUUGUUUGCCCAGGAGGUCAUCCCAUGGAAAUGUCUCCCAGUGAUUGCUAGGGGUCACUGCAGCUGUGGUAACAUGCCCCUACUGGUCAGGCUCUCUUUUCGGAAAACCCACCACGGCUAACGUAGGGUCCGGUACCCAACAACAAGAAGAGGAAAUAGAACACUUCCAGAAUUCCUGUCCGAAGAAGACGACGUGAAGAAGGCAGAAAGCCAGUUAUCCUCUCUCUGACACCACAAUUUCCACAUCUAUCUAGUUUGUAUUGCCUUUUUCUCAGCGUUGCCAUCCGGCCUUGGACAUUGGUGUGCGUCUCAACCAGUGCUGAGGGAUCAGUCGGACAGACAGCCGGUUCAAGAUGGCUAACAACACCGCUGACCAUCCCCCGGGGAACUCCGUCGCCGAGGGCAACCAUGAGGGGGACUUCGGCUGCACGGUGAUGGACCUGCGGGAGCUGAUGGAGCUGAGGAGCGGCGAGGCCGUCGCCAAGAUCGCGGACAGCUACGGGGACGUGCAGGGCCUGUGCCGCCGGCUGAAAACCUCGCCCAUUGAGGGACUCUCUGGCAACCCAGUGGACUUGGAGAAGCGUCAUGCGGCAUUUGGGAAGAACUUCAUUCCACCGAAGAAACCCAAGACCUUCCUGCAGCUAGUAUGGGAAGCCCUUCAAGACGUCACCCUCAUUAUCCUGGAGGUGGCAGCCAUCAUCUCACUGGGGCUUUCCUUCUAUCACACACCGGGGGGCGACAAUGAGAUGUGCGGCGAGGCAGCGGGCGGCGUGGAGGACGAAGGGGAAUCCCAGGCCGGAUGGAUCGAGGGGGCCGCCAUCCUCUUCUCCGUCAUCAUCGUUGUGCUGGUGACGGCCUUCAACGACUGGAGCAAGGAGAAGCAGUUCAGGGGGCUGCAGAGCCGCAUUGAGCAGGAGCAGAAGUUCACCGUUAUCCGCAAGGGCCAGGUCAUCCAGAUCCCUGUGGCUGAGAUAGUGGUGGGAGACAUCGCCCAAAUCAAAUAUGGUGACCUGCUGCCAGCUGAUGGCAUCCUGAUCCAGGGAAAUGAUCUGAAGAUCGAUGAGAGCUCGCUGACCGGGGAGUCCGACCAGGUCAGGAAAUCACUGGAGAAGGAUCCCAUGCUGCUGUCUGGCACCCAUGUGAUGGAAGGGUCUGGGCGGAUGGUGGUCUCCGCUGUCGGCCUCAACUCCCAAACCGGAAUCAUCUUCACGUUGUUAGGCGCUGGUGGCGAGGAUGAGGAGAAGAAGGUGAAAAAAGGUAAAAAACAAGGAGCCCCAGAAAAUCGGAACAAAGCCAAGACCCAGGAUGGCAUCGCCCUUGAAAUCCAACCCCUGAAGAGUGAGGAGGGCGUGGAGUCGGAGGAGAAGGAGGAGAAGGAGGAGAAGCAGGCCAAGAAGGUCAAUGUGACCAAGAAGGAGAAAUCGGUCCUGCAGGGCAAGCUGACCAGGCUGGCAGUGCAGAUUGGGAAAGCAGGUCUGAUCAUGUCAGCAGUGACGGUCAUCAUCCUCAUCCUCUACUUUGUCAUUUACAAUUUCGGUGUUCAGAAGCGCCCUUGGCUGAAGGAGUGCACCCCUAUUUACAUCCAGUACUUUGUGAAGUUCUUCAUCAUUGGUGUGACUGUGCUAGUAGUGGCUGUCCCUGAGGGGCUUCCUCUGGCUGUCACCAUCUCCCUGGCCUACUCUGUCAAGAAAAUGAUGAAGGACAACAACCUGGUGCGUCACUUGGAUGCCUGCGAGACCAUGGGCAAUGCCACGGCAAUCUGCUCCGACAAGACUGGCACACUGACCAUGAACCGCAUGACAGUGGUGCAAGCCUAUGUUGGCGACACGCACCACCGCACAGUGCCGGAGCCAGAGGCCCUGCGGCCCGAGACCCUGGAGCUCCUGGUCAACAGCAUCGCCAUCAACUCUGCCUACACCACUAAGAUCCUGCCACCAGAGAGGGAGGGGGGUUUGCCGCGCCACGUCGGCAACAAGACCGAGUGCUCCCUUCUGGGCCUGGUGCUGGACCUGAAACGGGACUACCAGCCAGUGAGAGAUGAGGUGCCUGAAGAGAAGCUCUACAAGGUCUACACCUUCAACUCCUCUCGCAAGAGCAUGAGCACCGUGCUGAAGAACCCGGACGGCACGGGGUUCCGCAUGUACAGCAAAGGGGCCUCCGAGAUCAUCCUGCGCAAGUGUUCCCGCAUCCUGGAUGCGCAAGGUCAGCCUCGGGUCUUCAAGCCCAAAGACCGCGACGAGAUGGUGCGCAAAGUGAUCGAACCCAUGGCCUGCGAUGGUCUGCGCACCAUCUGCGUAGCCAUGCGCGACUUCCCCGGCAACCCCGAGCCUGACUGGGACAGUGAGAACGAGAUCCUGUCCGACCUGACCUGCAUUGCUGUGGUGGGCAUUGAGGACCCCGUCCGGCCAGAGGUACCUGAGGCUAUUGAGAAAUGCCAGAGGGCAGGGAUCACUGUGCGCAUGGUCACCGGAGACAACAUCAACACGGCUCGCGCCAUCGCUACCAAGUGCGGCAUCCUGCUUCCUGGAGAAGACUUCCUGUGCCUGGAGGGCAAGGAGUUCAACCGGCAAAUCCGCAAUGACAAAGGCGAGGUGGAGCAAGAGCGUCUGGACAAGGUGUGGCCCAAGCUGCGGGUGCUGGCGCGGUCUUCCCCCACGGACAAGCACACACUGGUGAAAGGAAUCAUUGACAGCACAGUUGGAGAAACGAGGCAAGUGGUAGCUGUGACGGGAGAUGGAACUAAUGAUGGCCCCGCCCUCAAAAAGGCAGACGUCGGGUUUGCUAUGGGCAUCGCUGGCACAGAUGUGGCAAAGGAGGCAUCUGACAUCAUCCUGACAGAUGACAACUUCACCAGCAUCGUCAAGGCCGUCAUGUGGGGUCGCAACGUCUAUGACAGCAUCUCCAAGUUCCUGCAGUUCCAGCUCACAGUUAACGUGGUGGCGGUCAUCGUGGCCUUCACUGGUGCCUGCAUCACACAGGACUCGCCCCUGAAGGCUGUGCAGAUGCUGUGGGUGAACCUGAUCAUGGACACCUUGGCCUCCCUGGCCCUGGCCACCGAGCCUCCCACCGAAGCCCUGCUGCUCCGCAAGCCCUACGGCCGCAACAAGCCUCUCAUCUCCCGCACCAUGAUGAAGAACAUCCUGGGCCACGCUGUCUACCAGCUCACCAUCAUCUUCACUCUGCUCUUCGCCGGAGAAAAGUUCUUUGACAUUGACAAUGGCCGCAAAGCCCCCCUCCACGCGCCCCCGUCUGAACACUACACCAUCGUCUUCAACGUCUUCGUCAUGAUGCAGCUCUUCAACGAGGUCAACGCCCGCAAAAUCCAUGGCGAGAGGAACGUCUUCGAGGGAAUCUACCGCAACCCUAUCUUCUGCAGUGUGGUGCUGGGCACAUUUGCUCUCCAGAUCAUCAUUGUACAGUUUGGGGGAAAGCCCUUCUCGUGCACUGCCCUGACCAUCGACCAGUGGCUGUGGUGUAUCUUCAUUGGUGUGGGAGAGCUACUCUGGGGACAGCUCAUCUCUGCUAUCCCGACUCACCACCUGAAGUUCCUGAAGGAGGCCGGCCAUGGCAUCACCAAGGAGGAGAUCCCAGAGGAGGAGCUCACCGAGGGGGCAGACGAGAUCGACCACGCUGAGAUGGAGCUCCGCAGGGGCCAGAUUCUGUGGUUCCGUGGGCUCAACCGCAUCCAGACUCAGAUGGACGUUGUUUAUACAUUCCAGACGGGCCAAACCGCCGUUCCGGGGGCCCUGCGCCGGCAGCCCUCGGUGGUCAGCCAGCACAACGACGCAAAAACUGUUUCUAGCCCCACCCAUAUUAAAGUGGUGAAUGCAUUCCGUAGCUCCCUUUACGAGGGACUAGAGAAGCCAGAAUCCAGAAGCUCCAUCCAUAACUUCAUGUCCCAUCCCGAAUUUGUCCCUUUGUCUGAGGAAGAGGCUAGGAUCCCCACGAUAGAGGAGAGCGCUGUUGAGAUCGAGACCCUCCCCACGUCCUCGAAAGGCGGAGCCGGGGGGUCAGGGGGGGCCUCCUCCUCCGGCGCUGCCGCGCACCCCGGAAGCCCCCUCCACAGCCAGGAGACCUCGGUCUGAUGACUCCCGACUACGCUUGCCCCGCCCCUCUCGUGGACUCGCGGACGCUCUGACGCAAUCUGAAGUGCACCCGGUCUCUCGGAAGCUGACAUGGUGUUUUGCUUCAGGUGACCCCGCCCACACCCCCCGCCCCUUGGCUUGCGGUGCAGUGUGUGUGUACUGUGAGUACACGCAGCUGCAUGACCAUACAAGGCAUACUAACUCGUGGGCGGGGCUGUGAGGGUUCCACCCCCAUUGCAGAGACCGUUGCCUUGCCUUCUGUCCAUCUGUCUUUUUUUCAUUUUAUCUAUUGAUUCUCUUUCAUUCAUGUCUGAUUUUUAUUCUGUAAAGCUUGUUUUUUUUUCCACAAACUCUACCACCUAGGGUUGAAAUGCAUAUUUUUAUACAUUUGUACUCACAUAUAUACUGUUAGCAUACAUGUCACAUGAAAGAAAAGGUGUAUGUGUAUGUGUGUAUAUAUUGUGCAUACAGGUACAUUCGAUAAUACUGAAUUGGCGAGUUGUCAAACAAUUGGGCAUUGUAUUUCAACUCUAAUUAUUAAAUAUCUCUCUCGCAUUUUUCCCACUUAUACAGUAAGCAGAAAUGUAUGACUCUGGAUCCUCUGUUUGUAAACAAUCAACCCAAGUUGAAGUCCAGGUCUGCUCAUUUCUAGACAUGAUGUUUAACAUUAUUCACAUUUUAUGACCAGGUGUUCUUUUUUUGACUGUUGUAUUGAACCCCAGAAAAUAUGCUUGUUUUCAGUCAGUUCUGGUAUUUUGUCUAUAUGUUUUUAGAAGGACAGCACUCAGGAUGCUCCACUAAUUUCAGUGAAGUGUAACUGCACUGAAAAGACAAAAAUAUAUUGAAUAUCAGACCACGUUGAUGUCAAAGAGUGCCCCCAUUCUGCAGCUCAAGGUAAUGGCAAGGCAGUGUAUAACUGAAAAAGUGACAAGGAUGAGUGUGUCAGACCACAUCUGUAAUACAGUCAGAGUAUCAUGGGGAUCUCUAGUCUCAGCUUUCUUCAAUGCCUCAAGAAGAAGUAAAAGUUAUGAUUAGUAAUAAUUAUUAUUUUGAGGUACUAUUUUUCCCUCCAUAGCACGCAUUUACUCUUCAUAUUUAAUUUGGGGUGGGUGGGAUUGCAGUUUUGGAGAGUUGUAAUAUAUUCAUAGGGUGGGAGUAUUGGUGGAAAAAAUAUGGGCAGGUUAACUGUGAUUUCCUUUUCCUCUCCAAAAAAAAAAAAAAAUGCGCAAAUAAAUUUUAUGUACCUAAUGAAGAGACUGUCUUAAAGAUAGUAAAUAUAAUGUAAGCUUUUUUCAGUGCUCAACAAAUGGCAACAGCUUUCUCUCUUAGGUUCUCCAUCUAUUAUAGACGUUCGCUGUGUACGCAGCAGUGGCACAAGAGUUCAUCAAUUCCACAGCUGCCACCAGUGGAUCAAUCAGGAUUUAUGAUCCAAAUCCAACAUGUCUCCCAUCAGCUUAGUGAAAUGGCACGUCUGUGCAUGUUUAAAUGUAGAAAAAAGUAAGAAACAAGCUAAAAAUAUAUAUGCAACAAAAGUUAUUUGUUUGGUCCUUUACAUGUUCUUUUAUUCAAACUUAACAGCUGUACAAAUACCACGGACUGCUGGUUUUGUGAGUGUGGCCAGGAGGAUAUUUUUCGUGUGAUUACCAAUACUGUAGUACUGCCACAUUCAAUCCUUUUUUCAUAUCUAGGUUAAAUAGAAUCCUCGAAUACACUUUUUCUACUUUACUACUUAAUCACAGCCAUAUUUUAUAGGUUGAUUUUUAUAUCCCAUUUGUUCUAUUUCUGAUGCUCCCAAAUAACCAAAACAAAGAGAAAGUGUCACUGCCGACAAAUGGACCAUUGUAUUGUUUACUUAAAAAAGUCAGCAUAUGCUUAAGGUUACCCUUCCCCCCGCUGGUGAUCAGGUAGAUCUUCUUUCUUUCUGUCUCUCUCUUUAAUUGAACUGUAGUAUAGAAAUAU